GGCAUGCAGUUUAAAUGAUGAGAGAACUGACGUGCAAUUUUAAUGCCACUUAUUCAAGUAGAUACUCGGAGAGUGUUCAAAACGUCUUUCUUUUGUGUUGUUUGCCUCAGAUACCACAGGAUGACCCAGCCAGCAGAUGCAAUGUCACUGCAGAUGGUAUCGGCUGUCAGCAAUUCAUCUUUGCUUCAGCCAGGUUCUUCACUGCUGAAUUUUGAUGGGCACGUCUUCUUUUUUGGGCAGAAAGGAUGGCCGAAGAGAUCCUGUCCCACGGGUGUUUUCUUCCUUGAUAUAAAGCAGAAUGAGCUCAAAAUGAAACCUGCUGCCUUCUCUAGGGAUUCCUGUUACCUUCCCCCGCUCCGCUACCCAGCUAUUUGCACGCUUAGAAGCGAUGGGGAGUCCGAUAAGCACCAGUAUAUCAUUCAUGGUGGGAAAACACCUAACAAUGAUCUUUCUGAUAAGGUUUACAUUAUGAGUGUGGUAAACAAAACUACCAAGAAAACCACGUUUCAAUGCAUUGAGAAAGAUCUAGGUGGAGAUGUCCCUGAAGCUAGAUAUGGACAUACAAUUAAUGUAGUUCAUAGCCGGGGAAAAAGCAUGAUUGUUAUAUUUGGAGGUAGAUCAUACAUUCCUCUUGCACAGAGAACUACUGAAAAAUGGAAUAGUGUAGUUGACUGUUUGCCAUUUGUGUUUCUUGUUGAUUUUGAGUUUGGAUGCUGUACGUCAUACAUACUUCCAGAGCUUCAAGAUGGACUUUCCUUCCAUGUUUCAGUUGCCAGGAAUGAUACAAUCUACAUUUUGGGAGGCCAUUCACUUCAAAAUAACACCCGGCCUCCCAGCCUUUACAGGCUAAAAGUUGAUCUCCCGCUGGGCAGCCCAGCCGUGACCUGCUCUAUCUUGCCAGGGGGAAUAUCUGUGUCGAGUGGUAUUGUGACUCAAACUGGUGAUACUGAAUUCGUCCUUGUUGGGGGCUACCAGUCUGACAACCAGAAACGGAUGAUCUGUAACACUAUAAUUUUGGAAGAUAAUAAAAUAGAGAUUGUUGAAAGGGCAAGUCCAGACUGGACACCUGACAUUAAACACUGUAGGAUGUGGUUUGGCUAUGAUAUGGGCAAAGGGUCUAUAUUGUUGGGCAUUCCUGGGGCCAACAAACAGUUAAUCUCAGAUGCAAACUUCUUCUACAUUUUGAGAUGCAACAGAGCAGAAGAGGAUGAAGACGAAGAAGAAGAAUUGACAUCACAAGCAUGCAGUCAGGCAUCUACUGAAGACCAGGGAGACUCCACUCCAUUUGAAGAUUCUGAAGAGUUUUCUUUUAGUGCUGAAGCCAGUAGCUUUGACGUUGAUGACAUUGAUACAUACAAUGAAGAUGAUGAAGAAGAUGAAUCAGAAACAGGGUACUGGAUCAUCUGCUGUGCCAGCUGCAAUAUUGACAUUAACACCUGGGUGCCUUUCUAUUCAACAGAACUCAACAAGCCUGCAAUGAUUUUGUGUUCCAGUGGGUCUGGCCAUUGGGUUCAUGCACAGUGUAUGGAUCUGUCAGAGAGCAUGCUCCUACGGCUCUCCGAAGCAAACGUCAAGUACUUCUGCAAUGAGCAUGUUGACCUUAAUAAAGGGCUGCAAACUCCCAAAAAGGUGGUGCAUCUGAAAAAGCAACCCAUGAAACGACUGCACAAAAAGAAAACCAUGAAGUUAACCACACCAGUGAAAAAGUCUUUUCUUCGGAGAUUAUUUGAAUAGAUUUGUACCACUGAUUUGUAUUCAACUGGGAGACUAAAACAGCUAGCAGUGGUUGAAACAAAGUGGGUUACUGAGGUUCCUAGUGAUCAUUUUAUUAAAUUGAUAUUAUCUCAAUAUUUCAGUUAUAUUUCAAAACUCAUGAACGUUUUUUGUUUCUUAUGUAUGUUUUUGUAAUAUCCAUAUUGGAAGCUUAUCACAGAGGGCAUCGUACAAACACACAGCCAGAUAUUGGUAACUCAGUGCUGUAUUUUUUACAGUAGUAUAACUUACUCUCCAAUCAUCCCCAGGAAAUGUGGUAGAACUGCUUGUAGGAAAAAAUCUUAUCUCAUAUACUCAGUGGUCUUAGCAUCUGUCAGUAAACAAAGACCAUAUUGCCCAUUUUAUUUUUUUUUAAUCUUAGUGAGUAGUUCCAGAAAAUAUUUGGCCUAAUUUAUAACUGCCUUGCUCCAAUUUUAUGUUAGUGUAAUGAGCUAAAAUUAGACUAAUUAAUCUGUUUUUAAAUUGAAGUGAUUUUUAAGUCCCUUGUGUCAGAAAUAAUGAAAUAUUCAGAUGCUGAGGGUCAGUUUUCUUCAGGGACUUCCAUUACGAAAAUCUUUCCUUUCAAGUAUUUAAUUCUGGGUAAUUCAUUUUUUAUUUUGAAAGGUACUGAAUGGUUAUGUGUCAGGUUUGGCUAUCAUUAAGGAUUAUUACCUCAUAGUAAAAGUUAAAUUACAUUUUUAAACCACUGUGCUCAACAACUGCUUUGCAUUUGUAUUUUUAAAAAUAUAUUAGUUGGAUAAUAAAGUUUGUAAUAAAAAUGAGUGAGUUAUUUUCACCUGUUCAGGGAGUAAAGCAAACACUGCAAAUCUGAAAGUCUAGGAAAGGCCACUAUGUGUGUGUGCUUGGGAAGUGCAUCUGAAGUCUGUAAGGGGUCUGGCUUCACAGUUGCCACAUGCCGUGAGCUCCCAUUGACUUUAGAAGUUCCUUCUGAUGAACAGGACUUUUAUCAUUUACUCCAGGUCUUCCCUUGCACGUUUCUUUCUCUGCUCCUGCAGGGUGACUGGGUAGAUUGUGACAGCAUGAAAGUGCAAGCUGUUGCUCAGGGCGACUCAUUGAGCCAGUGUUGCAUUAUGAGGGUGAAAACAAAUGCAGCUAGCUCCACAAAGCAUGGGGGCAAGAUUGGAUUCAGAUUGAAAAGGACAUUGUCAAGGUUGAAUAGCCCAAGAGUUUACUAACUUGUUGUGGAGUCUUUUAUUGGCUAUCUGUAAAGCCUCAUCAUUUUUUACUUGAUUUUUUUAUUUUUAUUACUGUUCCAAACAUCUUUUCAAAAAAUCAAUACCAUCCAUUCAACAUUCGUGAGCCAACACUAAUAGCUCAGGAUUCACAGUCCAGUUCUUGCGCUGGAGCCCUGAAUAAAAAGGAAAAGCAGCGGGAGCAGCUGUCAGCCAUCUGAUCAGUUUGUGCAGACCCUGAGCAGCCACCCCUUUCAAAAGCAGCAAUAUGUUCCCAUCAGCACAAAUGUGUAUGCACAGUACUCCCCUUGACACUUUCACGACUCAACAGUAGAGACAGUAAAGGGUAACAAGACAAAAUUUCCAUUUCCAACCACUUAUAUUCUGAUGGAGGUUAUAGUGUGGGUAGAACUUGUAAAUGGGAAGUAGAUCAU